UAUAAAUGGAGCAAGGCUACAGGUGCACUGGAACGCUUUAUCUGCACCAAUACCCAGAGCUGCAAUCAUGGCCAUCUCAGUGCUUCGGAUGACAGUUGUCCUGGGACUGCUUGCCUUGAUCCUGACUUGCCAUGUUGAUGACAAGUCAGAGGACAAGUCAGAGGACAAGUCAGAGGACAAGUCAGAGGGCAAGACAGAGGACAAGUCAGAGGACAAGCCAGAGGACAAGUCAGAGGACAAGCCAAAGGACAAGCCAAAGGACAAGCCAGAUGCCUCAGACAAAGAAGAAGAGGAUGUGAGGACAUUCCUAACCCUUUUGGGCACAGAAAUCAUUGAGGAUGGAGUGGCGUUCAUCCUCAGCUCCAUAGAGAGGAACCCGUAAGCACUGAGACAAGUCCUGCUUUUGUCCAGUUUGCUGUUGGCAAAUGACCACAUUGCAUUAAAAUGAAUGAGAAUCAAAA